CUCUGAUGAUGAUGAAGAUGAUGGUGAUGAUGAUGAUGACGCAAACUGGGAAGAGACCGAUUGUUCAUCUCUUCCUUAAGGGUUGCCAACCGGUGUUUGAUGAGGUGGGAAUUUGUAGCGGCGGAGCAAAAAUGAACUGCAGGGCUGUGUGCUGUAACCGGUGGUCAUCUGAGGAGAGGCUGGACGGCAAAACGGUCAUCAUCACAGGAGCAAACACAGGCAUAGGCAAGGAAACUGCUAGAGACCUGGCAGCAAGAGGUGCCCGCGUCAUCAUGGCAUGCAGAGACCGGGAAAGAGCAGAGGAAGCAAGAUCAGAGAUUUUGGAAGACACUGGUAAUGAGAAUGUGGUUGUCAGGAAACUGGAUCUCUCUGACUGCAGGUCCAUUCGAGCCUUUGCUGAGCUCAUCAACAAAGAGGAGAAGCAAGUCAAUAUUUUGAUAAACAACGCAGGGAUUAUGAUGUGUCCGUACUCCAAGACGGCAGAUGGCUUUGAAAUGCAAUUUGGAGUCAACCAUUUGGGUCACUUCCUGUUGACGUACCUGCUGCUGGACCUGAUCAAAGUGUCAGCUCCGGCUCGGGUCAUCGUGGUGGCAUCGGUGGCUCACAACUGGACGAGCCUUCGGUUGGACGACCUGAAUAGUGAGAGCAGCUAUGACACUGUGAAGGCCUAUGGACAGAGCAAACUGGCCAAUGUCCUCUUUGCACGAGCCCUUGCCAAAAAGUUGAAAGAAACAGGGGUCAGCGUGUUCUCUCUACACCCGGGGGUGGUGCAAUCGGACCUGUGGAGGCACCAGCACCCUUGUAUCCAAGUGGCUGUGAAGAUCUUCAGAAUCUUCACCAAGACAACCGUGGAGGGAGCUCAGACCACCAUCUACUGCGCUGUGCAGCCUGGUCUGGAGGGCCAGAGCGGAGGCUACUUUAGCGACUGCGCCCCAGCAAGGUGCUCCAGAAGUGCCUCAGAUGAUGUUUUGGCCCAGGAGCUGUGGGAGAGCAGCUGUGGCAUGCUUGGCAUUACCUGGCCGUGAAUACAUAGUGGCUGCAUUAUAAUGAUAGGAAGAACUUUGGAUCAUUUUCAGUGUGAAUUCAUAAAGCAGUAUUUUGUUAGUGGGAUUAAUCUACCGGUACUGUAAGGAUUAGCACCAAUUCAUUUUAUAAAGGAUAAGAUCUUUAUCUUUAUUUGGUGACCUUUUUUUAAAUACCCCAAUUAGCCUGAUGUAAACUGCAACACACACACUUACAAAAUGUAUCACUGCUUUGCGCAUUUACUGGGGUGAACAAUGGAUGGAGGGAAAAAAAAAGUUCUAAUCUAAAUCACAUGAAAGCUCGUUAAACACCUGUGGAAUGUUGGUACUGGCGAAAUGAGCUUUCAUAGGCAUGGACCAGAAAUGAUUUAAAACGGACUAAUUUAGGAUAACAAUUACAGUAGAGGAUGGAUGGACAAACAAACAAACAAAUAAAAAAAUAAUAAUGUGGUGCCACGGUGGAUCAACUGGAAAGCGUUGGCGUCACAGUUUUGAGGUCCUGGGUUCAAUCCCAGGCCCGCCUGUGUGGGUUUUACAUGUUCUCCCCGUGCCUGCGUGGGUUUCCUCCGGGCACUCCAGUUUCCUCCCACAUCCCAAAAACAUGCAACAUUAAUUGGACACUCUAAAUUACCCCGAGGUGUGAUUGUGAGUGUUGCUGUUUGUCUCAAUGUGCCCUGCGAUUGGCUGGCAACCAGUUCAGGAUGUACCCUGCCUCGUGCCAGGUGACAGCUGGGAUAGGCUCCAGCGCUCCUGCGACCAUCGUGAAGAUAAGUGGGGCAGAAAUGGAUGGAUGGAUGGAUGGAUGUACAAAAUAAACAAAAUGGGCAAAACAGUGAAAGCAACCCAAAAUCUCUGUAAGGCUACUAUCAUCACAU